AUGGACACCCCCUGGAGCCUGACUGCGGAGCAGCGGGCGGACACCGUGGCCCGCAUCCGCGCAAACAUGGCCAGCAUGGCGUUCUUUGCCAAGACGCCCCUGAACGAUGCGGAACUGAGCGCGGCGGCGGCCAAGCUGGAGGCCAAGGCAUACGCUGCCUACAUCAGCAAGCUGAGCCAGCUGGUGCUGGAGCGACUGGCUGUGGGCGGUGACAGCUCUACCGAUGCCUCGCAGGCCGCCGCCCAGCCCACUGGCCAUGUGGACCUGACGGGGACGCGCGAGUUCCUGACGGCAGAGGGCGCUGAAGAGGCCCUGGCCCCCAUGCUGACGGGCACAGAGCCCAUCACCCGGGUGAGGCUGCUGCUGGACAAGGCCUCGGAGCGAAUCAAGUUCAGCACCAAGAGCUUUGGCGCCGACGCCUCGGCGGUGGCGGCGCGGGCCAUCGCCCGUGUUGCCGAGACGCUGACGCACGCUGACAUGGCGGACAUCAUUGCCGGCCGGCCAGAGGAGGAGGCGCUGCGCUCGUUGCGCACCAUCGCCGAGGCGCUGUCCCGCGCCCCGCUGGUGGAGCUGGACCUCUCUGACAACGCACUGGGGGAGAAGGGCAUCCGGGCCGCCGCCGCCGCCUUUGCCAACCAGGUGAGUGGACCACCCUGGAGCGCCUUGCCUUUUGGCAACGUGGGCUGCUCCGUGCACGGCUGCGCGGCGCUGGACGAGCUGCUGCCGGCCCCCGCCGCGCUGCGCGCGCUGCGCCUGUACAACAACAUGAGCGGGGACGAGGGAGCGCGGCACAUCGCCGCGCUGCUGCGCCGCGCCCCCGCCCUGCAGGAGUUCUCCAUGGUUUCCUCCCGCGUUGGCACCGACGGCGGCGCCGCGCUGUUUGCCGCGCUGGCAGGCCGGGGCGACACCCUCCUGUCUUUGGACCUGCACGACAACCCCAUCACCCACGAGGCCCUGCCCCAGCUGCUGAACCUGCUGGCAGCCGCGCCCAAGCUGCGCGUGCUCAACCUCACCGACACUGGCCUGGGCGACGCUGGCACGGCCGCGGUCCUCCGCACCCUGGGCAAGGUCCAGCCGCCGCUGGAGUCGCUGCACCUGGCCCUGAACGAGCUGGCCAGGAGGAGUGCGGGCGCGCUGGCAGAGGUCCUGCCGCACCUGACCUCCCUGAGGGAGCUGGACCUGCGUGAGAAUGAGCUGGGCAGCCGCGGCCUGGUCCAGGCAGCCCGGGGCAUCCCCCGCCUGGCAAGCCUGGAAAGGCUGGACCUGAGCGCCAACCAGUCGCGGCGUAGUGGAGCCCUGGCGGUCGCCGACGCGGUUUCCUCCCUCAAGUCCCUGAUCUUCCUGGGGCUGGAUGAAAACGAAUUCAGCGAAGAGGCCAUCGCUGAGAUCGAGUACUCAGAUCAUAAUGUGCUCAAACUCUAG